AUGCCCCGCCGCGCGCAUUCCCACAGACUUCUGUCCGCUUCCCGGCUUCUCCCGGUUUAUCCCCGGCGGCCGCUGCCGCCUCGGGACACACAUUUACGCAGCAACACGCAAACCCAUUCUGGCGACUCCUGGGGACCCGAGGAACCGGCGCGGAGUGCGGGGCGCGUGCUCCAGUGGCGGGGGCUCUGCUGCUGCCCGGGAGUGGGUUGGGGGUGCCUGGCGACAGGAUGGGGAGGCGCUGCACGAGGCGGGCCGGACUCCGGGAUGGGGCUGCGGGCGGCAGUCUCCGUGCCCGGCCAGCUUCCAGGCUUCCCGCGGGGAGGAGGGGACAGCGAAGCGCCCUGGGUCCCUCCCGGAGGACCAAGCCCCGUGGCAGCCAGGCUCUGCGCACAGCCGGUGGGCCGCGAGAGCGAAGACGGGGCGGGGACGAUCGGUUUUCCGCGCCCCAAUUUCCUUUCACGGCCUGUUGGGACGUGUAGUUCUUCCUCUCGCCGUCCGGCUCCGAGAGGAAACGCGACUAGGGGACCAAAAAACUACAAAUCCCUGCAUCCUCCGCGACGAGGGCGGGAGAGGCGUGGUGCUGAGCGUUCUGGUGCUGUUUGGUUGGAGAUGGAAACCAACAAAGGGAAGGGCUGGGGUUCUGCUGCGCUUUUCGGUGCUGGGCGCUUCACACGUUACGCACGUUCUUUAUCUAAUCUUCACGACAACCCUGCGAGGCACUAUUGUAUCCAGCCGACUACUUGCCAGAGAUCACAAACCGCCCGGGUGGUCGAGAUGGGAUUGAACCCAGAGCCCUGGGAAUUUCACUCAUUAAGCGCUGCCUAGCUGUAGGACUGAAGACCUUGGCUUUUGCUGGCUGUCCACUGGAGACUGCCCUCAAUUCCUAGGUGGCACCUGGCAUUCAUGGGCCAGCACGGCCACUUACUUCAUGAAGUCAGCAAGGAGAGUCUCCGGAGCAAACCUGCUAGCAAGAUGGAAUCUCAUAUAACACAAGGGCAAGUCCCCCUUCAUGGUACUGCUUUUUCAAAAAUUUCUUGACCUUUCUUGAAUGUUUAUUAUUCAGAUGAAUUUUGAAUCAUCUUGUCAAGUUUUUCAAAUGAUCCUAUUUGGAUUUCAACA